AGCAUAGAUAAUAUAAGAGCCUUUCACUUCUCUGAAAUCAAAUUAAAUAAAAAGCGAUAGCAAAUAACUUCUCUUCCCUGCUGUGUUGUAAUGCUUAAAACUAAAUUAUAACUUUAUUUUAGGUUCAAGAAUCAAAACUUUUAUUCAAAGAGUGAAGUUUGAAUUUUUUCAUUAAAGGUUUUGUAAAAGUUAAACGAAGCUACAUUCAGACAAAUGUCUGUGAUUAUUACAUCGAUACACGAUACCAAUGCAAGGAUGAACCUUGUGGCGAUGUUAGAGUGAGUAAUAAUUUCCAAAUUGUGCAUGGUUCAUAGUCCAAAGUCCCAGGGGUUGAGAUCUAAAUAGCCUUGGUUUAUAAGAACCCUCUCAGGAUUCUUAUCAAAGACACAAUUAGAUGCUAAUAAUCCGGCAGCAAUUAGCUAAUGGCGAAAGAUAGUGAAGUGAAAGUAUUUAUUCUUCUUUGAUAAUCAUUCAUUUUCAGACUAAUUGAAAGGACGGAGAAAUAGACAUCGUGCUUGCCCUGACGCGGAAUGGAGGCGGUGAAUUCGACACGCAUGUCGAUGGACAACUCUACACAAAAGUUGAUGGGCAACGCCACAGAAAGGACCCAGUCCGUUUUACAGGACGGGUACGACCUGCCUGUGUACGGCCUGGACACGGGCUGGUUCCUUUAUAUCCACGUCCCUGCCCUUUGCUGUAUCUUUUUGAGCCUGUUCUGCGCCUCUGCUGUUAUCAUAGCGUCCUUUCGGAGCCAAACACGACCUUUUUUCAGCUGGAUGAGAAGCGAACGUUUUGUAGUUUAUUUGUCGAUGUGUGACGCACUGUUUAAUGUGACACAUAGCAUGGACCAUCUUCAGAUGGUCAUCACCAAAGAUCACGUGUAUCCGGAAGAGUUGUGCGAAUUCUACUCCUUCUUUAUCGGGGAAUUUGUCUCUGCUCAACUCCUGAUGACGAAUGUAGCGGCCAUAAACGCAUUUGGACUUAUCUACCUACAAAAGCAGUUUAAACUUGGCAAAUAUGACUGGAAGCUUCUUUUGUAUACCUUUGGCGUACCUUUCGUGUUGUCAGUAUGUGCCGUGAAUUUCGGAUAUUACGGACCAUCUGGAUCUUAUUGCUAUUUCGACGGAGUCAAAGGAGCCUUUGCCAACAUUUUCUUCACGACUGUUCCAAUGACAGUGGUUCUGGUUAUAAACGUGGUACUAUACGUGAUGACAUGGUGGAAAAUCCGCACAGAGUCGAAGCGAAUCAAAACCAUGCUUGGAAACGAGGCUCAAACUAUCCGCGCGUCCCACAAAGCGGCAAAACUGAUGAGUCUGUUUGUGACAGCUUUUUUCGUUCAGUGGUGGGCCCUGGGCAUCAUCAGUGUUUGGCAAAACUUUGCAGUGGUCCCUCAGCAGUUCUUUACCGUUGUGGUCAUGUUCACCAACCUUGGUGGUGUAUUGAAUGGGAUUGUGUAUAUCAUCAUCAAAAGAAGGAGAGAUCGCAAUUAUAGCUCUAAGCCCCUCAAAAGUUCCAGUCAAAUGUCCGCGGAUUCUGGAAUCAGUAACAGUACCACCAAUGUGUCCGUCAUAGACACACAGAUCUAAGGUCUGCCUUGAUCAAUGAAUGACAAUGAUAUGUAUCUAAAUUUAAUUCUUGCAUCAUCAACUUUAACAUAGAUUGAAUAGAUAUUUCUUUAACUAGAUUUUUGUCAAAUUAACACACAUUAAAAAAAUAGAAUUGGACAGCACGCAA